CUAAUUUUGGCAAAAACCAGCGGGGGCCAGCCACUAUUGCGAUAACGAUUAAAAUUGACCCCACCUAGUUAUAAGUUGCCAACUUCUGCGGUCCUGCCAUUCAUCCUCCUUGAUCAAUCUUGACAUGCGUGGUCGUCGUGGAUAUCGGAGCGGAGGCCGACCGCACAGGGGCUCGCUCGCUAGGGAAAUGCUUACUCUCCGUCCUCCUCAGUUCCAAAUCGGAACUCCACUUGCUGGCGGUCGAAACAUUCGUGAAAAUGUGAGCGAUAUACUCCAAACAAUUACGCUGUCAGAGGACGAACCUGGAUACGAUGAGGAGUACGUGCCAUCGAUCAUCAAUACUCAGGUCAUCGCCUCCUAUUCCUGGACAGACGCAGAGGAGCCGACUAUUCUUGUGCCUGGUGCUUUACCUGUAUGGCAAGAAAGGUCCCUUCCGUUCUCUGUGCCAAGGGACCAAGGCAUUCAAUUCAUCGAUCAGAACGCGCAUCGAAGCGAGCUGCAUCCAGUUUUGCCGCUUAUUUUGUCCAUUCGGCACAUUUCACCGAGGUUCGAUUACGGAAAAAUCAAUAUUAUUACCGACAGAAACGGUCUUCGCAAGCUAAUGAGUUGGGCUGGCAAGACUGCAACGGAGCCUUGCGAAGAUUUCAGGAUCGAUGUCGAUGUAGUUGGGAAGGAUAAAAACAGCACUGUACUGCUCACGCGAUGGGAAGCCCGCAAUCAUGAGGAACAGCGGUAUGGUUAUGGUCAUAAUUUCUUGAGCGCAGUGACUUCCGAGCAUUGGGGCUGCAAGGGUGCAACAAGCUACUCCCGCAUCCUGCAAUACGACUUCGCGGGCCUCACUCUCUUAGUCCGUUACUCUGCGGAUGCAGCUUUGACCCCCACUGAGCGCAGUGCGACGGCGUCGGCUCGCGCAGACAGUGAUUUGGACCACCUGGCCACGCAAAUAGCAUCCUUAAACAUCGGGACUUCAAGUAAAACAGCUACCCCCAGCAACAACAAGACGAACUCCAUCGAAGUAAUCCCAACGAAACAUGAGUUAUCGCCCCAGUCAUCGACGAUAGAAAUUAAGUCUCGUACUACAAGGUCAUAUGAGACGUUCGACUGGCCACACACCUUGCCGCAGCUAUUCCUCUCCCAGACGCCUUAUCUAUACAUUGGGAUCCACAGGCAGGGAUAUUUUGAGCGAGUAGUGAAACACAGUAUGCCAAUAUCGUUGAGAUGGGAUGCUAAGGGUAAGGCUGCUGGAGACGUUAUCAGAGCAGAUGCAGAUAUGCAGAAGGCUCUGGAUAGUGCUAAGCAUGCACUCAAGGACUUGGGCCGUCUGCUAGAGAGGCUGCGGGAAAUAGCGUUGGAAUAUGCACGAACUCAGAGUGAGGGAUUUAGAAUGGUGCUUCUUUGCGAGUCGGGGAAGCUAUCUCUGUAUAGGAGAUCUUCGGAGGAUAAGCUUCCGCGGGAGGUAUACGAUGCGUUCAACUAAUUGGAACUGAACGAAGCCUGUAACUUUAUCAAGGAAGAAAUCACUGUACAUGUAAACCGGUUUGGUACUCAUGAUGCGCUCGCGCUCGUUCUUUUCCAUAAGAGAUAAUAUGCAUGUAUAUUC